CCCAGCCCGACUGUUUGUCUUGCUAUGCGCAACGAGUCGCGCUUAAGCGUAAAACAGUCAUCAGAAACUGUUCAUUCAGCAGAGACCUCUUCCGCACCGUGCGCCUGGUCGUCCUCAUGAAUCGGCGUGAGGUCUGCGGGAGGAUCAGUGUGAGCCAUGAACGCUGCCAGACGCUAACGGGUGUGUAUAUUUGACUGUCCCCUCUGACUGGGACGUUGCAAUCAGCGCCCAGAACAGCACUUUCGCCGCUACGUAGUCCCCUCAUCGCCAAGAGCGGCAUGGCUCGGUCUCGGAAGUCGGUCGGGGUGAUCGUCAUUGGUGCCUGAGGCCACCCGACCAAUAGCGAGCACGUGAUUGUUGACAUCCGGCGCCCCUCCGCACUUGGCCGAUCAUCUUCGCCACCACAGAACGCCACAAUCUCUACUCGAUCCCGCAUCUCCCAUCGCCCACCAUCUCCUCCAUCUCUCCUCACUCUUCUCACUCUUGCAGCCAUGAUCGACCACGACGGCUUUCCAGCCAUAGUGUCUGCCAUACUCGAGUACUCCCCAGAAGGCGCACUGCACGCAUGGCGAGGCACAAGCCGCUACUACAAGCAAUAUGCGGACGCCAAGCUCCUGCGCCACAUCACCUUGGAUGUGCCGCGCUGCAGUGCAGGGAGGAGGCUUUCAGCGUCUCGUGGGCGUCCCCUCCUUGUUCGUAGCAUCAGUGGAUCCCGCAUCCCCGGCCUGGCGUGGGAGGACCCGGAUGCGUCGCCAGCACAACGCGAGGCAUGGGCAGCGGCCCUACGGUCACACGUCAAGGUUGUCGAUCACGUCGCCGAGAUUGCGUUUCCCGACGACGACCCAAAGCUCGCGGCUGCGCUCGAUCGCGUCAGUCUGCUCCGCCGCCUAUUCAACGCACAGGACAUCAUACCAUGGCGCCUGGACUGCUGGCGCUAUGCGCUGCCCGCCGUGCGUGUCGUCGACUACCUCUACCUAGGGCCCCAACACAACGCAGAGAAGGCGCAGAAGGGCGCCAAGGUCGAGUGGGAAGAGGCAGAAGAUGACGACGACGAAGAUUACCGCCAUGUAAUCCUCGACAUGCCGCCGAGCGUCAAGUCGAGUGUCACGGUUAUCCGGUUCGACCCCGCAGACACCGGCGAGGCGGCGUACCGGUGGCAGUUCUGGGAUCGGUCCGGACAUGCCCCAUUCGUGUGCGUGUUCCUCGAAGCCCCGUCAGGCUUGCCCGCGAGCGGGGUGCCGGCGAAACCACGAUGGACAUUUGUGCGCCCGCUCAUUAGAGCAUUGCGUAACUACGCGCCGAGCACACGCCCCGUCCUGGUGGGAAUCACCGAGAUUCCACGCGGAGCGAUCGGGUUUCCGGACAACGCGACUGAUGACGAGGUGCGGGCGUCGUUUAUCGAAACACUCAUCGCCGAGGUUUUGAGCUGGGACGACAUGAUGCCUGCUCGCCUUCGCCGAGUCACCGAUUCGAUCACGUUUCUCACGCAUGGCGAGUAUCGCGCACGCGUUGGUCACGAGGCAUACGAGCUGGAGAUUGGGGGCGAAGUCCGCGUGAGGCGACGAGAGAAGAUGGACGCGCGUGAGGUGCUGCGCCAGCUACGGAUGUGACCCGAACGCACAGCAGGCCAAGUGAGUGCCGGGUGAGGUGAGCGGGCGGGCCCCAACGUCGGGGGACCUGGAUCAUUAUUGGGACCGAAGUUGUACAUGAUGCCGUGUAUUCGACAUCUCCGUUGUACUUGCUGUGGCCUCUUUGCUAGCGGCGUACUACAUGCAAGCUGAGAUAAAAGGCGAUCCGCCUCUCCAAGCGCGGUACCUGGUGCCCGAUCAUGACAGCGACGCGAAGCUGAGCCAGCUACAUCUGGGACUCUCCCAACUCAGAUAAGCUCUCCCAGAGCCGAUGCUAGCUAUUCCCAC